AUGGUUUCCCAAGUGUGUCAGAACUACCACCAGGACUGUGAGGAUGCUGUUAACAAGCAGAUCAACCUGGAGCUCUAUUCCUCCUAUGUUUACCUCUCCAUGUUCUCUUACUUUGACCGGGAUGAUGUUGCCCUGCAUCACUUUGCUGAGUUCUUCAAGGAGCAGUCCCAUGAGGAACGGGAACACGCUGAGAAACUGAUGGCAUUCCAGAAUAAACGUGGAGGUCGAGUCCUCCUGCAGGACAUUAAGAAGCCAGAGCAGGAUGAGUGGGGCAGUGGUCUGGAGGCAAUGCAG